UUUUCGUGUCACGACCUUUACGUCUAUUUUCUCGCCCUCGUUUCUCACCCUUCCUCCGUCAGUCUCCCUUUUACCCCUUUCGGGCUUCGGGCAGCUAAUGCUCCGGCUAUAGAUUUUAUACGUCUAUGGAAGAAGAUGUGAGACUGAUCGCCGACGUAUCGACGCCCCACGUGACGACAAGUGGACGAUGAUCCGCGCAAAAUAUGCCCGCUAAUUCCGAAUGCGACGAGUACGCGAAAGCGACAGUUGGAAGUAAAUAAAUAACGAUUUGACACAUACCCACGUAACAUAUAUAUAAUCACGAAUAAUUGGCUCGUGCACGCAAGGGAAGAUCCCCCCUCCCCCGUAGGAAUUAUCGCUGCGUCACGGAUAUAAUGUUAUUGAUUGAUUUUUUAAUGACUCACGCGUCGACAAGCAAACGACAACAUCAUCGGGACGACUCUACUUGGGAUAAGAAUAUCGCUCUCUUAAUGAGACACGCGCUCUUGCUGCUGAGCCUUCUUGUUAUUUUCCAAUCAACUCCGUCGACUGUCGUCGCGGUUGAUACCUUGGGAGACCCAUACAAGAUCCUAGGUGUGUCAAAAUAUGCCACCGUACAGGACAUUAGAAAGGCGUACAAGCACCUUGUCAAGGAAUGGCAUCCGGAUAAAACCGAUCAUCCUAUGGCUGAGGAUAAAUUUGUAGAAAUAACAAAGGCUUACGAGCUUCUGACAGAUCCGGAAAGAAGGAGGAAAUUUGAUAAUCAUGGGAUCACAGAGGAAGGUAUCCCUAGACAAAGAAGGGACAAUAGUCACUUUAACGUUCUUGAUCCAUUGGAAGAACUAUUCACCAGUAAUUUUAAGUUUCAUUAUCAAAGUAGAGACAUCACACUGUUCCACAAAAUGAGUAUCACUUAUCGAUCGUUCGAGAAUGUGAUAGUACCCAAAACUUAUCGUAUGCCAUAUUUAAUUUUAUUUUAUUCCGAUUGGUGCUUUGCGUGUCUACAAGUGGAGCCUACUUGGAGACGAUUGAUUGAUGAGUUGGAACCUUUGGGACUUGGCUUGGCUACAGCUCAUGCCAAAAAAGAGUCUACCUUGGCAAGAAGACUCGGCAUUCACUCGCUUCCAUGUCUUAUUGUUAUUCUAGAUGGGCGCACUAGUGUCUACAAAGAAUCUUUAUUUAGUAUUCAAAAAGUUGUUGAAUUUGUACGAAGUAGACUACCAUAUAAAUUAAUAAGUGCUAUUGAUAAUACCAAUGUAGAACAUUUCCUAUCGGGAUGGACGGAUAAUAGAAUUCGCGCAUUGAUAUUUGAAAAGAGAGACUUUAUUCGUUUGCGGUAUUUACUGAUGUCUUAUUACUAUAGAGAUCGAGUAGCUUUCGGCUUUGUCCAGGUUGGCAUAUCUGAAACUGAGAACAUAACGUCGAAAUAUAAAAUCUCGGGAGAAUUAGAUACUUUACUGCUUUUCAAUGAGAACUCUGAGAAGCCUAUGGCAUCCAUUAGUAUGAAGGACAUUUCCAGCGAGACCAUGCAUAAUGUUAUCGCUAAUAAUAAGUUUCUUUUAUUGCCAAGACUUUCAAAUCAAGCUAUGCUGGACUCUAUAUGUCCGCCUGAAUGGUUAAGGCCGCAAAAGCGUCUAUGCGCCGUUUUAAUAUCACAACAAAAUAGUCCUUUGCACGAUAUGGCCAGGCACAAAUUUAGACAAGUCGCAUUGGAGUCUUCUUAUAGCACGGACCGCGUUAGAUACGCAUAUGUAUUCAAAGAUACACAAUCUGAAUUUGUAUCGGCAUUAGCAGCCGGUGAAGGUAGUCCACUGGAACCUUUAUUACACAUUGUCAUCAUCUGGAGACGAGAUGCUAAUCACUUGAAAUACGAAUGGCUUCCUCACGGAUGGAUCGAAGCCACUCAGGAUGAUCGUAUAUGGAACGAGACGCGUAGACAUUUAGAAAAAACCAUACAGAAAUUAUUACGCGCAACUGAAGCUUUACCUUAUGCUGCUGUCGUAGGAGAAUUAGCGGAUGAACACGCACAGGGUACUGUAGACAGACUGAUAGGAAGGGCGUUAUUAGCAGUAGAUUAUAUAUCUGAUAAUCUGACAAAAGAACAAAUUCUGCCUUUGAUAUCAGUCCUAGCAACUCUCAUGCUAAUUGGAGCUGCAGGGUACGGAAUGUCAUAUCUAGUCAAGCUAGAAGAAGCAAGUGUUCAGGCUGAACGUACUCAAUGUAAAGAUAAUGCCAAAUCACUUCCAUUGCAACCACAACUACGAUUACAUGAAUUACGUGCGGAGAAGUACAAUGGAUUAGUUCGACUUUUAAAACCAGGAUGCAGAACUGUUAUUCUGCUAGUUGAUGCUCAAAGUCGAUUAAAAUUAUUGCCAGCUUUUCAUAAAGCUGUGUGGCCUUACAGAAAGAAUAAAACACUCAUGUUUGCACAUAUGUCAUUAGAAAAGGGUCUUGAUUGGUAUAAGAAACUAUUGUCACUCACUUUAUCUGAGCAGAAAGAUUUAAACAUAAAUGCCAAGAAUUGUGUUGGAACUGUCCUGUCUUUGAAUGGACAUCGAAAGUAUUUCUGCAUGUAUCAUGCUAAACAUCCAGAAUGUAUAAAGAAUAAAGGCUCUAAGCGUAUUGAAAAGAUGACCAAACAGCUUGCCCAAACACCGGAAGAUCCGGAGGCUGGCGCUUUUAUUGGUUUCGACAGUUCUAACGAUUCCGAUUUGUCUCAAGAUGAGGGUGGAAACAACGUUUUAUAUCAGGACAAUCUUUUAGAUGGCUUACCGAUGUGGCUCGAUAGAUUAUUCGAAGGAUUAACACAUCGUUAUUAUAUAAAUUAUUGGCCCGAGUUCACUGCCAAGUAAAGAAAAAAUUGGUCUUUAAGUAUUGUUAAAAAAAGUCUACUAUAAAAAAGUUAUAUAGCAAAGAAAGGAAUAUAUAUUAUCACCAGAUAGGCUCGAUCUGGACAUAGGUCAACAUUUUCUAUAUACUACUUCGUCUGUUCCUAUAACUAUCAAAAUACUCUUUUUCCUCGAAAUUGCUUGUAAUUAUCUAGUCAAAACAUUACUGAGAAUUUAGCGGUAUUUAUAUUGCGCAGUACAAGUAAAUAGAAUAUUUAUAUUUCCGCAGAUAGGAUAACAGAAUCGUGAUCGAUCUAUCGCGACUCUCUUUACGUUCGAAAAUAUUAAUUUUACAUAUAGUAAUGAUCGCUACUUUUAAUGUCGUAAAUAAAAAAAUCUGAAUAAGUCCGUAUGUUUACAUACCCUCUAAGAACUCGUAUCUCUAUCGCUUGUUCAUAAUGUGUUUAUUAUGAUGUUCUCUUAUUGAAUACAUUUUUUCUCGAA